AUAGAUUUGGUUUUAAUUAUUAGUAUUUAGUCUAUUUAAAUAUCGCAGCCAAAAAGCUCACAUUUUUUUCUCCCCUUUGUCUCUCUCAAUCUUUGUUCUCCUCUCCCUCUUUUUUUCAACACACACUCUUACUACUAACUAUAUACUCCAUUCUCAAUUUUAUACCCUGUCACCCUCAACCUACUUCUUCUUCUUAUGUCUCAAUGAUUCAUUAUUUCAAUCGAAUCAACCUCGUCACGGUUCUUUCUUGCGUUUUUUUCUCAGAUUCCACCAAGAACCAAUUUUUAUAUAAUUUUUAUAUAUUUAUAAAUGAACCGUGAAAUGGGUUUUUCUGUUUGUUUAUGUUACUCUUAGAUCUGUUCUUCACUUUGCUCGAUCUAGCUCUGUUUACUCACGAGGUUAGAUCAAAGUUUUUUUACAAAAUUGAAUUUUUUUGUGCUUUGAUCUGCACCCUUUGAGGUAAAGAGUGUUUUUUUGUGUUAUUUUAUGUUACUGUUGUUGAAAAAUUCAUAUGGGUUGGGUUGGAGUUUGAUGAUGAUGCAUGGUGAAGUUAUUAAUAAUGGGGUGGUUGUGGGGGAGGUUUAGGAAUUUAGUGGGGUUGUUUUGUUUUGUGCAAUAAUGGGUAACGGCACUUCUCGUGUUGUUGGCUGUUUAGCACCAUUCAAUGGCAAAAAUGGUGUUGAUUUGGAGUUUUUAGAGCCAUUAGAUGAAGGUUUAGGUCAUUCCUUUUGUUAUGUUAGACCGACUAUGUUUGAAUCUCCGGCUAUUAGUCCGUCGAAUUCUGAGAGGUUUACGGUUGAUUCAAGUACUCUUGAUUCUGAAACCUUGAGUGGUUCCUUUAGGCAUGAUAGUAUGGAGCAUUCUAAUUCUUAUGGUUUGCAUAAGCAGGGUAAGACUUUCCCUGAAACGACGUUCAAAACGAUUUCGGGGGCUUCUGUUAGUGCUAAUGUUUCCACAGCUAGGACUGGUGGUAACCAGAGUGCAUUGUAUGCUGGUGAUUUCUUGGAACCUGCUGCAUCGUUUGAGGGAACUGCUUCAUUUGCUGCGAUUCCUUUGCAGCCGGUUCCUCGUGGUUCUGGACCUUUAAAUGGUUUCAUGUCUGGUCCUUUGGAGAGAGGUUAUGCCUCGGGUCCGUUGGAUAGAAGCGGUGGUUUCAUGUCUGGGCCAAUAGAGAAAGGAGUUAUGUCAGGUCCUCUUGAUGAUACUGAUAAAUCCAACUUUUCAGCUCCGCUUGCGCGUGGUCGCCGGAGACCACGUCUACAAAAUCUCAUGAGAAGUGUUAGUGGACCAAUGAAGAACACCUUUUCUCGAACGUUCUCUAAGCAUUCCAUGGGUGGAAGUUGGAUGCAAAGGUUGUUCGUUCAACCGGUUACUCAAUUGGCAUGGCAUUCCAGAGACGCAAAGUGUAGACCGGAAGUCUCUAGGAACUGUGGUGUUGAUGUUGGACCAUAUGAAACUGAGUAUAAACACACACAUAAUUUGCAGUGGGCACAGGGAAAGGCUGGUGAGGAUAGGGUUCACGUAGUGCUUUCUGAAGAACAAGGGUGGUUGUUUAUUGGGAUAUAUGACGGUUUUAGCGGACCAGAUGCUCCUGAUUUUUUGAUGAGCCAUCUUUAUAGAUUUCUAGACAAAGAAUUGGAAGGUUUACUUUGGGAUUAUGAAGAUAAUCCUGUAGAUCCACUUAAACCUGAAGUCCCUGAAACUGUAAAAUCCACCACUGCUCCAGAAUGCAGUGGGCCAGAAAUGUCUGAUACUUGUACUAAUUCUAAUCAAGAAUGUUUUGAAGCUUCUUCUGGUCCUGAGUUAAUCAAGGAUCAAUCAAAUAACAGUGAAAUAGUUGAGAUGAAUACUGAAGUUAAUGUAAAUGUUGAACACCAGUUAUCUAAUAGUGUAAGUAACUCGUCAACUGUUUCCAAUUCGGUUCAACAUGGACAGUUGACCGGGAAAGGUAGAAAAAGUAUGAGGCUUUAUGAGUUACUUCAGAUGGAAUCAUGGGAUGAACAAGGUUUUUUGUCAGACUCGACACAAUGUAAAGAUUCUUCAGUUCCGAAGGAGUCAAAACUAGAUGGGCAUACAAGAUCUUUCUCGUCUAGUUUAAGAGAAGAUGGCUCUAGAAAUCAGGAUGAAGUCCCGUCUACAUCAGGUGAAAAUGGAGGCACUAGGUUUGAUUCAACCAAACCGGAGCAUGAGGCUGUUUUUUCUGUUUCUGAAUCAAGACAGAAUUCAAAGAAGUCAUUUAUCAGUGCAAAAAUUAAAAAAAUGUACAGGAAGCCAAAGUCCUUGUAUAAGAAACUCUUCCGUUGGAGUUAUGAUUGGCAUAGGGAGGAAAUUCGUGUUGACGAGAAAAUAAUAGAAGCAUCAGGACCUAUUAGAAAAUGCAGGUCUGGAGUAGAUCAUAACGCGGUUUUAACAGCAAUGGCACGGGCUCUUGAAAGAACAGAAGAGGCAUACAUGGAAAUGACAGAGCAUAAUCUGAAAAAAAAUCCAGAACAAGCUAUAAUGGGAUCAUGUGUUCUAGUGAUGUUGAUGAAGGAUCAAGAUGUUUAUGUCAUGAAUUUGGGAGAUAGUCGUGUGAUUUUGGCUCAAGAAAAAUCAAACGAUCGUUAUCCUAAUUCAAGUUCUGUCAAGGAUGACAUGAGGCAUAGAAAUAGAUCUAGAGAGUCAUUAGUACGCAUGGAGCUCGAUAGGAUUUCAGAGGAGUCCCCAAUUCACAACCAUAACAGUCAUGUUAUCAAGAUGAACAAAAACCGCGAGAUAUCCUUUUGCAAAGUAAAAAUGAGGGCUCUGCAGCUUUCUACAGAUCACAGCACCGAUAUUGAAGAGGAAGUUUUCAGAAUAAGAGCAGAACACCCUGAUGAUAAUCAAGCCAUAUUAAAUGGUCGAGUGAAAGGACAUUUAAAAGUUACCAGAGCAUUUGGUGCCGGGUUCUUGAAGAGGCCGUCUUUUAAUGACGCUCUACUUGAGGUGUUUCAAAUUAAUUAUGUCGGCUUUGCUCCCUACCUAAGUUGCACUCCUUCUGUUCUUCACCACCGACUUUCCUCAAGUGAUCGAUUCUUGGUACUCUCCUCAGAUGGGCUUUACCAGUAUUUCAGCAAUGAAGAGGUAGUUGCCCAUGUCACAUGGUUCAUGGAAAAUGUCCCAGAAGGUGAUCCCGCACAGUACCUUAUUGCAGAGCUUCUCUUCUGUGCCGCUAAAAAGAACGGAAUGGACUUCCAUGAAUUGCUUGAUAUUCCUCAUGGAGAUCGACGGAAAUAUCAUGAUGAUGUAUCUGUCAUGGUUGUUUCUUUGGAAGGAAGGAUUUGGAGAUCAUCAGGAUAAAUCCUAUUUGUUUCCAUUCCUUUUAGUGAUUCUCAUUUUAAUUUUUGGCUAGGUGCCUCCAUAUUUGCAUAUUUGUCUUGAUAUUGAAACAAUUUUGGGCAAGUAAAGUGCUUUUAGAAAUCAAAAUUAGUCUCUUCA